GCACAUUUGUGCAUUGAUAUGCUGUCGAGUUGAAACGGAGCAAAUAUACCAGAAUCUGAGAAGCUAGGUUCUACAAGCACGCCCGUCUGUGCGCUCGAGCAUCUACAGACACACCUGCGCUCUAUAAAUGAGACCACAGAACGUGGUUUGGAUAGUAUCGUCGUAUCAAAACCUCUGGCUUCGGUGGGACGCACCGCUCUCCGACCCGCGUCUUAUUCUCUCGGGAAGAAUGAUGGCGAUCUUGGGACCUGGUUCUGUACUGGCCAUGUCCAUGAGUUCAAGAAGCGACUCUACACCUCGCUCUUGAAAUCACCAGCUUGGUUUACGCACUCUUCUAAGUUGGGUACUUCCACACGGAGAAUAGGAGCGGUGAAUUCAGCGAACAACUAGCGCACAAGCUCAGAAACAAAUACAUUAAUACAAGCUUCCAGGCACAGUCUUCCUGUUGUUGUGGACGGCUGAUAUCAGAGGUGCUAAGGAUGGGUGCCACUCUAUCCAUAUGCGGGCACUACCUUGAUCCAUCGCCUCCGUGACGGGAAGGCACUUUGACAGCUUGACGACGGCCAAGCCCAGACGUUAUAUAUCCGGAUAUAAAAACAUCACAAUCCCAUACCAAACUUCACCUUCUUCCAUCAAAAACACUCAGGGCACAAAUUCAGGUCCAGGUUCCAUGAUAAGCAUGGGGCUGGUGGUGUGCACACGCGGCACACCAUUGAUAAUGGCUUGGGCUAUUCCCUUUUGGGAGGGAUGAUCUCUCAUCAGCUCCUUCAGCUGGCAUUUGGAAUCCCUUGAGCAGGCAUCGGGGGAUACAUUCCUUUUCUCGCUGCCUGAGUGAGAAUUCAACUGUGCCUCACUCUUCAUUUUGGACACCUCUGGCUUUUCGCUGAAAUCGUCGAGGCCUGAUGUGAUCAUUCAAUUGUUCCAUCUCAACAGUCGUCGCCAUGCUGGCCUCCCCGCGCCUCGUUUAUCUGCUCAAGUUCGCCGGUCCGGCGCUGAUUGUCGUAUGGUUGGUCGCCUACAUGGUCUCGGACCAGCCAGCGUAUAACAGCGUCGUUCGCCAGUUCAAAAGCGAAAGGGAUAUCUUCAUCACGGAUUUCUUGGAUCACGAUGUUGGCGGACAGCUAGAUGGCAGUAGUAUCUCGGAGCUAUGCGCGAGCAAGACUUGGACACCAGGGUUGAUGCUGUCUUGUGAUCCCCAAUCCGGAGGUUUUGGCCAAGUCAAAGACGCGCAUCUGAACUGCAUUCGCUUCGCUAUCGAGGCUGGUGCCGAGUUGGUUCUUCCCCGGAUCAUCAAGCGCGACGAUAAGAACGUUGCGAAUACCCGGCCCAAGAACGGCGGCGGUCCCUACAUCGGGGAGUUUAUCGACUACUUGUUCGACUAUGAAUACCUCAACCAAACGCUAUCGGAGCACUGCCCGCAGCUGAAAUUAUAUCGAUCCAUGAACGAGCUUUGGGAUGUGCCACAGGUGCAAUCAGCUCGGAAGAUUAGCUUACAAGAUGUUGGAGCUAAACUGAAUGGCUCCGUUAUUGAAGACAUGAAUACGUUGUCGGAGCAGAUCAAGUCGUACAUCGACAGGACAGAGGACCCAGAGACACGUCCGUUUCCCAUACGGUUCAGAUCCGAUGUGAUAAGCUCGGUUUUCCCAACAGCAUAUGGGAACCCAGAGUUGGCCAAGAACUUUGGCCGUCUUCUACGGCCACGUAAAGACGCCAGAGUGCUCGCCGCUAUUGCGCUGUACAAUCUGCACAUGAAAUAUCAACUGAAUCUGGACCCUAAGCAGGGUUUCCAGCACAGCACUUUCCCCGGACUACACCUCAGGACAGAGGCGGAUGCGACUCCUAUCUUUCCACCCUUCGACGAACAGGUCUCUACCUUGGUCGAGCUUGUCACCAACUCAACGGCCGGCUUUGCUUUUGUUGCCACGGGAGAAACAGAAGAGCGCAGACGAAAGUUAUCCAAAAAGGCUGAGGCGGUGGGCGUGACGAUGGUAUACAAGCAGGAUUUAAUGCUGGAUGAACCGGAAGGCCGGGAGCUUCUCGAGCAACUCACAUGGGACCAGCGUGCGCUCGUCGACUACGAGAUCAUGCUUCGGGCUGGACUGACCGUUGGCCUGAGCGGCUCCAUCUUUGACUGGAACAUCGCACUCAGGCGGAAUUCUGUACCAGGAGCAGACGGAGAGCCACCGUCUCUCGCCACCAGCUCCCCUAUCCAACAUCAGGAUAGGUAUUCGAUCCUUCUUGGAUCUUCAGAAAAGGCGGACACAUUGAGGGCGACACCUCCUAUGCCUGACAUUGUUGGUUGA